GUCAAAUGAAAACGAAAAUGUACAGUGGGCAGUGACUUGCUUACCAGUGACAGUUGUUUAUCAAUCAAUAGCGAUACGCAAUAACUUCAAAAACUAAGUGAAAUUGUUGGGUGUCUGUUAGUCUUUUCGUCGCGGAGGAAGAUUGCGGACAAAGUGAGAUAAAUUACGCAAAGUAAAAAUGACAAACGCGCUAGCGCUUUGUCUACUCGUCACACUCUUGUGUUGUUCAAAUUUAUCAUCAGCUCGGCAGAUACCAAAAGAAUGCUCUAAAGGACCAGAAGUAUGGUGUCAAAGCUUGAAGCAGGCGGCUGACUGCGGUGCCGUAGGCCACUGCAUCUCCAGCGUGUGGGCGCAUGAACAGCAGCCGAUCAGGAAGAACGAUGUCGCCAUCAAGUUCGCGUCGCUCUUCAAAGAGCUCAAGGACAUCAGUGAACUUAUCAAUGAGGAGUACCUAGGUCUUCGCGUGAAGGCGGCCUGCCGCAGCCUGCCGCCGGCCGCGGCCCGGCUCUGCAAGCAGAACACGGCCGGCUUCGACACCUACCUCAGCCAUGUGCUCGGCUCCAAGACCUCGCCUGAAACCAUCUGCCGCGUUGUCGGCAUGUGCAACAACGACAAGCUGGACAAUAUCCUUCAAAAAAAGGCCGAGCCGAAGCCAGACAAAGGACACCUGUUGGGUAGUUCGAAAUGCACUUGGGGACCUUCGUAUUGGUGCAGCAACUUCAGCACCGGUCGGGAAUGCAAAGCGACACACCACUGCAUCGAGCGAGUAUGGAGUCAGAUGGCUUUCCCCGAGGACACCGAUGACAUCUGCAAGAUCUGUACCGACAUGGUCACCCAGGCCAGGGACCAGCUCGAGAGCAACGAGACUCAGGAAGAGCUGAAGCAAGUGUUCGAAGGCUCAUGCAACCUGAUCCCCGUCAAGAUCGUGCGCAAAGAAUGCAUCAAGCUGGCGGACGACUUCGUGCCCGAGCUUGUGGAGACGCUGGCUUCGCAGAUGAACCCGCAGGCAGUCUGCUCCGUCGCGGGUCUCUGCAACAACGCUAAGAUCGACCUCAUGUUGGAGGACUAUCGCUCCCAGCUGGCGCAAAGAACAAGCUGCUCGAGCUGCCAGCAAACCGUCACCGUUGUCAGGAACAAGUUCGACGCUACUAGCUACGAAGACUUCCUCAUGGGUUUGUUGCAGCUUUGCGGCAAAGCUGGCUCCCUAUCCGACUCCUGCUCGAUGCUCGUGUUCAAAUACUACGAGAACAUCCUGGCCAUGCUCAAGAAGGACCUCACUCCCAACAGCGUCUGCCACGUUAGCGGGCAGUGCAACUACCGGUUCCAUCAGCACGACGAUUAUACCUUCCCCGUCGCCAAGGAACUAACUAAUGUCGAGGACGUGCCUUGUGAAUUCUGCGAAAAACUGGUGUCCCACCUACGUGACGUUCUUGUCGCCAACACCACCGAAAUCGAGUUCCACAAGAUUUUAGUUGGUCUUUGCAAACAGACUGGCGAGUUCAAGAGCGAGUGCCUCUCUUUGGUCGAGCAGUAUUCAGAUGAGAUCUACCAUGCGUUAGUGACCGGCCUCAACGGCUAUGAGUUGUGCUCUAUGAUUGGCAUCUGCGGCAAGAGUGUGGAGGUGCCAAUUGCGCCGCUUCUACCGAAGGAGCUGGCUGUGAAGGCUGUGCCACUGUCGUCUAAGCUGAUCGGCGGAGAUGAAGCCAAGAGCUACAGCAAUGAGAAGCACCGCGUCCAGAUCGGCGACAAGCAGAUCAACCUCCGCAUCCUGGGCUCGGACCCGAACGCGCCCUCCAUGCCCGACCUGCCCAUCGAGCGCAUGUUCGUGCAGGUCCCCCAGCCGCAGGGCAAGGCCGCCUGCUCCUUCUGCCAGUACUUCAUGCACUACCUGCAGGUCGAGCUCAGCGACAACACCAACGAGGAGCAAAUCAAGGCGACUGUAGAAAAGGCGUGCAACAAGCUGCCCAAGUCCCUGAACGGCGAGUGCAAGCAGUUCGUCGAGGAGUACGGCGCUGCCGUCAUCGCGUUGCUCGUGCAGGAGAUCGACCCCGCUAGCGUAUGCCCAGGCCUCGGGCUGUGCCCGCAAACGCAGGAGAUCAAGCGCGUGAGCAAACCGGUGCAGAAGUCCAACUGCGCGCUCUGUCUGUUCGCCGUGGAGCAGCUCAACCAGAUGAUCCAGACUAACCGUACCGAGGCGGCCAUCCAAGCAGCCCUCGACGGCCUCUGCAACCACCUCUCCGACAAAGCUCGCAUGCAGUGCGUAGACUUCGUGGACACCUACAGCAAGACCCUCAUCGACAUGCUGGUCAAGAACCUGGACGCGCAGCAGAUCUGCGUCUACCUGAAGCUGUGCACCAACAACCUGGAGGACCCGCUCAAGGUCACGAGCAGCAGCAUCGACAAGUGGUUCACGCAGCCCAGGAUCAAGCCCAGGAAGGGCAUCUCGCUGCUCCCGGACUCUUUGAAGGAGAAGCAUGCUGACAUCGAAACGAACGAAAUCCCCGACAACACUGUAAACGGGCGUGUCGUGAAGCAGCCGCAGGCCAAGACUAUAUGCGUUAUGUGCGAGUUCGUCAUGAAGGAGAUCGACGACGAAAUCAAGGAUAAACACAAUCAGGACGAGAUCAAAAACGUAGUCCACGGCAUCUGCAAGCGCAUGCCCAAGUCGGUGAAGGCCGACUGCGACCAGUUCGUGGAGAAAUACGCCGACCUCGUCAUCAGCCUGCUGGCCCAGGAGCUGGAGCCUGAUGAGAUCUGCCGCGAACUCAAGCUGUGCGACUCCAACCGCGCCGUCUCCGUCAUCAGAGAGGACGUGCUGAACUGCGCCGUGUGCGAGACGGUGGUGGUGGCCGUGAAGAAGGUGCUCAGCAGUGACAAGGUCGACCACGACAUCGUGCACAUCGUGGAGAAGUCGUGCACGCUGCUGCCCGCCAAGUACUCGCAACGGUGCCACACCCUGAUGGAGAUCUACGGCGACUCCGUGAUCCACCUGAUCGAGCAGUACGGCACCAAGGCCGUGUGCCAGAAGAUCGGCCUCUGCGCCGACUCUAACGCCGCCUUCGUGCAUCUGAACUCGCGCAAGCAUUGAGUGAUGAUGCAACAGCAGCGUGGCGGUUAUCAGCAAUCUCCAGUAAAAAUAAGCCAUGAUUUUUUUACCAAAUUUUUUAGCUGUAAGUUGGAUAUAUUUUCAUUAAACCUACUGUGACUAUUAUACAUAUAGGCAGGAGAAUAGGAGAAAAUUUACUCAUAUUAUCCUAAUUAAACUAGUGAAUGUAUAGAUAUAUUUUUCUAAAGAAGUGUACUUAUUAGAAACGGACGAAUGCGGUAAUAGUCACAGUAAUUGAAAUUUUUAUUAAGUAAUAUUACAUCGUUCACGGCAAUAAAAUUCAUAAAUGUUAAAAAUAUCAAUCCUCCGAUUUAAUUUCAGUGCAACAUUUAUUUUUAAGAGGGUAUUUAGUUUAGUUAUUUGUGCAAGUACGUAAAAUAAUCGAGACUUAAUCAAGUAUAAUUUGUUUUACUCACAGCCUGUUUAUCUUUCUUCGUUUACUUAGCCUGUGAUAAACUGAUUUGUAACAUGUUUCUACGAAUAAAAUUGAGAAAAUGU